CCCAAAGGUGAUAGCUGUUUCGUCGUCUGAGGACCGUUAGAUAUCAGGCACCAUUCAUUUCCUCCGAAAUCAUUACCAAAACGUCGGCGACUCCAUUGAAGGAAAACCAAAACCUCGCCGUUACGCCUCCACUCCAAAACCCUAUUCUUCCAAAAUUCGUCUCUCAGUUGACCUGCUAGUCAUAAACAAUUCAACAUGUCCGGUGAUGACUUUACAAGCGGCGUUGAAGACGGCUUAAGGCUGUCGAAACGUAUAUACUUCGGCAAAGACAGAUCGGUGGCGCCGCCGAAGCCUAUUACGGCGAUGGAGAAAGCUUCGAGAUUGUUAUACCCGGUGUCGCCUAUGGUUUACGCGGUGAUAUCCAAUCCAGGGAUCGUCGAUAACCCUGACGUCCCAAGUUAUCAGCCGCACGUGCACGGCAGGUGCGAUCCGCCGGCGUUGAUUCCGCUUCAGAUGAACGGGAUCGGUAUUGAGGUUGAUUGUUAUCUAGACACAGCCUUCGUCACGAUGACUGGUUCAUGGCGAAUUCAUUGUGUUAUGGGGAGUGCCAAGUGUGAUUGUCGUCUCGCUGUUCCGAUGGGAUUAGAGGGUUCAAUUCUAGGUGUAGAGGUUGAAGUAACCAACAAAUCAUAUAAAACACAGCUAGUUGUCAUGGAUGAAAAGGGGGAAACACAAACUUUAGCCAAACCUGAGGAUGGAGGCUUUCUGAAACCUGACAUUUUUACCAUAACAAUACCACAGGUUGAUGGUGGUUCAAAUCUUUCAUUCAAAGUAAAAUGGUCCCAGAAACUAAGCUAUAAAAAUAGGGAUUUCAAAUUGGAAGUUCCUUUCAGUUUCCCAGAGUAUGUAACUCCUGCUGGAAAGAAACUCUCAAAAAAAGAAAAAAUACAACUGAAUGUCAACAUCGGCUUGGGUACAGAAGUUGUGUGUAAGACAAACAGUCAUCCAUUAAAGGAGAAAAAACGUGAAGUAGGGAAACUAGCAUUUUUAUAUGAAGCAGAUGUUCUUUCUUGGUCAAGGAAUGAUUUUGAGUUCACAUACUCAGUUCCUACAAGUAGUGCAUUUGGUGGUGUCUUUUUGCAAUCUCCAUCAUCACUCAGUGUUGACCAAAAGGAGAUGUUUUCUUUGUACUUAUUUCCAGGACCUGAUCACAGCAAAAAGGCUAUGAAGAAGGAAGUGCUAUUUGUUGUGGAUAUAAGUGGAAGUAUGAAGGGAAGGACAAUUGAGGCUACAAAAACUGCAGUUGUUACAGCAUUAUCAAAACUGGAUCAAAAGGACUCAUUUAGUAUAAUGGCAUUUAAUGAUCAGACUUUUUUAUAUUCAUCAACUUUGGAGUUGGCAACUAAGGAAGCUCUUGACAAUGCAAAUGAGUGGAUUGGGAUGAAUUUUAUUCCAGGUGGUGGGACAAAUAUGUCAAUUGCUCUUGAUAAGGCUGUAGAGAUGUUAUCUGGAAGCAAACAAUCUGUUCCUAUUAUUUUCUUUAUAACAGAUGGAGCUGUGGAAAAUGAGAGAACAAUUUGUGAAGUUAUGAUGAAGAAACUAAGAAAUGAAGGAUCAGAUUUGUGUCCACGCAUAUAUACGUUUGGUAUAGGUUCAUUCUGCAAUCAGUACUUCUUGCGAAUGCUUGCAAUGAUUGGCAGAGGCCAUUAUGCGUUUGCAUCUGAUGCAGAUUUGAUUGAAGCUCAAAUGGAAGCUUUGUUUUCUAGAGCUGCAUCUACAGUGUUAUUAAACAUUGCAAUCGAUGGUCUAGAUGAUCUUGAUUCUCUUGAGGUUUAUCCUUCAGUUAUUCCAGACAUUCGUUCUGAAGGGCCUUUGAUCAUAUUUGGGCAUUACAGAGGUGGAUUUCCAGACAUGCUAAAAGUCAAAGGACUUUUUACAGAUAUCAGUUCCUUCACUGUUGACCUAAAGGUCCAAAGGUCAAAGGACAUACCCCUUGACAAGAUUCUGGCAAAGCAACAAGUUGAACAAUACACAACACAAGCAUGGUUUUCACAAGAUAAAAAGCUCGAGGAGAAGGUAGCAAAAAUCAGCAUGCAGACAGGUGUUGUGAGCGAACAUACACGAAUGGUCUUGUUAGAAACAGUCCAAGAAAAGCACGCCACGUCAUCCAGCGUCAAACACGGAAAGGCGCAGAAAACGGAAGUGGUGGAAAAAACGGAAAUAAUAAAAAUGUUGCAGCAUUUGGGAGUGGGGUAUGGGGAUUUGGUGGCGACGAAUGAGAACACGCCACCUGGCUAUGAACCGAAGUUACCAGAUCAAGCGGAAAUGCUUGUGAGAGCAGCGGGAAACUGCUGUGUGAAUCUAUGUGGGAAGUGCUGUUGUUUGUGCUGCAUUAAUGUUUGUUCAAAGAUGAAUGAUCAAUGUGCGAUUGUUGUGACACAGUUGUGUGGUGCAUUGGCGUUUUUAGGGUGCUUUGCGUGUUGUGAGCUGUGUUGUGGAGGUGAUUGAUGUGUGGGUGUGUAUGUCAUAGAUAUAUGUAAAGAUGUGUGUGUGUGUGUGUGGGGUUCUAUAUUUUAAAGCAUAUUGUGAUGGAAAUAAUUGUUAUUAUGGUUUGUUACAUUAAAGUUAUUGAAUUCUAACAUGGUAUAUUUAAGGUGUUUAGUCGUUGG